AUGUAUAUACGAUAUUUUCAAAUUAUAACAGUUUUACUACUGUUUAUUCUAUCAAAUAUACUGGGAAUAUUUACAAUUAUACAAUCACAUACCAACACUUAUAAUCUACUAUAUUCAAUAACAUCAUUUAUUUUAUCAAUUUAUUUAAUUAUACCUUUAUUUUAUGUACAUAUUUUAUUAAUUUCAUUUCAAUUCUUUUUAUCAAUUUUAAAUAUAAUAUCAGGAAUAUUAUUGAUUUUAAAUACCAAUCCUAAAACACAGGUUAUUAUUUUAUUUAUUAUAGACAUUAUUUUUAUAACUUCUUCAUUUAUUUUAAUUUUAUUUAUUUUUUUCAUAAAUUCAUCAACAACGAGUGAUAUAGAAAAUCACAUAAGUAUAGAAAAUGAUCAAAUUUCAAAAAAGAGAUCAGAUGCUACUUUAUUUGAUAAAAAUUAUACAAUUGAACAAAAUUGGUAUCAAAAAACACAACAACAACAACUAGGAGAAAAAGAAGAAGAAAAUAGACAAACUAUUCAAUAUUCAAAUUCUUCAAAUACUAUACCAUUACAAAAAUCUCAACAACAUGAAUCAUUUAUAAUGAAUUUAGAUGAUGUUCAUAACAUUGAAGAAGAAACAAAUUUAAGUUCAAAAAAUAUAAUACCCAAAUCAAAAUCACAAUCAGCUAUAAAUAAUAAUCAACAACAAUUAAAAAAACAAAGAUGGAAACUGUUUCAUGAUGAAAAACAAUUUAUAUCAAAUUUAAAUGAAUCUUUAUUACCUUCACUUUUAAAAACAAAUAUUAAUCAAUUACAAACAGAAGAAAUCGAAGAAACAAUGAAAGGUUUAGAACCUAUUGGAAUUGGAAUUAAUGGAUAUCCACAAAAAAUACAAAAUAAUUCUUCAAUUACUUUAAAUGAAUUUAAUCUUGAUGAAUAUACGAAAUUUAGAAAUUUUACUGAUUAUAAUUUAAUCCCAGGUUUAUAUCAAUCAAAAAAUAAUACAAAUGAUUCAAAUUCAAAUUCACCUACUUAUUCAAUGCAACAAAUUCAUUCAAAAGAUAUUAUAGAUAAUAUUGAUGAAUUAAGUGAAUUAUCAUUAACUCAAACAAAUGAAAUUCAAGCUGCUCCUUCAUUACAUACUUUUAGAAAAGAAAGUGGAAAUUCAAAAUUAAGUUCUCAAAUUGAUUAUGAUAAUUUUGAAAACGAUCUUGAUUUAAAAUUAUAUCAAUCUCCACCAAAAACUCCACCACAACUAACACAAGAUAAAUUUAUAAUUCAACCUAAAUCAAAUUCACCAAUAAAGAAAUUCCUUAAUGAAUCACCUAAAAGAAUUUUUAGAUCAAAUACAACAAAUUUUUCAAAUCAUAAAAUUCAUAAUAGUCAACAACAACAACAACAACAACAAAAUCAUAAACAUUCAAAUUCAAUAAUUUCAUUAAAAUCAGGAAUAUCAUCAAGAUCAAGAUCAAAUUCUCCAAAAAAAUUAAAAAAAUCCAUAUUAAAAAUUCAUAAACAUAGUUUAAGUGUACCAAAUUUUAAUCAAUUAUCAUUAAUUUUACAAGAUGACAAUAAAAAUUCGGCAUCUUCAUCUUCAGUAAUUCCUUCUCCUCAAGAUUCAACUUUCAAUCAUUCAAUAACCAGUAAAAAUAAAUUUAUUGAACCUAUUGAUUUAUGGGAAAUUCAUAAUAUUUCAAAUUUUAAUUAUAAUGAAGAAAUUGAUAUUCAAACUCUAAAUAACAACAAUAACAAGAUAGAGAAUAUCAAUCUUGAUAAUGACCAGGCUAUAAAAAUUAAUGAAGAAAAUAGUGAAUCCAGAGUUAGUUCAUUGCCUAGUCAAGUUAUUGGUCAAUAUGACAAAGAAAAAUGGAAACAAAUUAAAGAUUCAAUAUAA